UUAAGUGUAUUUGUGGCAGAGGGAGGUACUUCUGGUAACAGCUUGGCUCGCGUCACUUCCUUCUUAAAAACAAUAAAAACUGCGCAACAACUGUCCUUUAAGUUUCCGUUUCAGGGAUUUCGUCUUCUCUCACAGACUCAAACAGACGGCUGCAGAAUGUCUGUCACCGUGACCAAGGCCGAGGGGGUCACCGUGUUCACCAUGACCUCCGACCCCCAAAGUCUCCUGCCUCCGCUGUGCCAAAUCCUCAAAAACCUUUGCUACAGCCCCGUGUGCUGCUCCCUGUCUCCGCACCUGAGGAGGGUCCAGAGAAAUGCGCAGUUGGUCCUCGGCGCGCUGCACAUCGUGGCCGGGCUGCUGAACGUCGGCCUGGGGCUGAUACUCCUCUGCGCCGUCAGUGGCUAUUGGUCGCUGAUCAGUGAAACCAUGUUUCCUGCGUGGAUCGGAGCGUUGAUGAUUUUGUUCGGCAUCGUUUCCAUUUUGUCUGAGAAGUUCCCCAGUCCGUGCCUGGUCGCCAUCAAUGUGAUCCUGAAUCUGGCAGGAGUUGCUUUCUCCAUUACAGCCAUCGUGUUCUACAGCAUCAACAUUGCAAACAUUCACCUGUGGUGGAUGUGUGGUAGUUAUGGCGACGAUUACGGCGGCUCUUACGGCGGCCAUUACGGCGGCUCUUACGGCGGCCGCUACGGACAAACCACAACAACCGCGUCUCCCGAGAAGAAGUACUUGAUGGAGCAAUGCUUGGAGACCAAGGAACGGCUGCUGACGCUUAUGAGGUGCAUCAACGCGGUGCUGAUCGUCCUCUCGGCCCUGGAGCUCUGCCUCGUCAUCAGCUCGGCCGUCGUGGGGAUCAAGGCUCUGAGGAGCAGACAGAGAGGAGGAGAAGAGGAGAAGUCGGGCGACCCAGAGCUCUACAAACCGCUGGUGGAAGAAGUCUGCAGCGACCCAGAAGCCUGAAUCACACCUUGUGCUGUCAGAUCCCAGGGACUCUGUCCCUGAGAUGUUGCACCUUUACUGUAUGCGCUGCAACGUUAACGAAUCUACCAAAAUCAACCUGUAAGGUCUCUGCGUUUUUCACUAUAAGCCUUGCUUGAAUUCUCUUGCACUUUUCUAAUAGCAUACACUAAAUUGUAUAAUGCUGCUGUCCAUUCCGUCGGUUUGAUUAGGAUUUUCUACCGGAUCCUCUGCCUUAUAUUCAACUUAACAGACAACGCAUUGAUGUACUGAUGGGCAUUUUGUGUGCUAUUUUACAAUUUAAAGCCUUUUUUAAAUGAAUAAAGUCAUCAAAAUGUU